GAAGUCGGCGGCGAGGCCGCGGCGGGAGGCAUGAAACCGGGCCCGGGCCGGCGGCGGCUCCCGGGAGCGUUGCUGCUCUUGGUGCUGCUGCCGCCGCUGCUGGGGGGCGCUGGUGCGACGUCAGCGGGCGGGGAACGAUGCGGCGGCGACAAGGACGACGCUGCCGGGGACCGGAUCGUGGCGCUGCGCGAAGGCUGCGUGCGCCGGUACCGAGCCCCACGCCGCUUCUGCUACACCAGCGCCCGCGCCCCCCAGUGGCACGACAUAUGGACGAGGACGCAGAUCCGCGUCAACAGCAGCCGCAUGAUCCGAGUCACCCAGGUGGACAGCGAGGAGGAGCUGGAGGAUUUCAGCCUCUGGAACAUCUUCUUCUCCUUCCUGAGGGAGAAGCUGAACGACACCAGCAUCGAUGUGGAUCUCUACAGCAACAAAACCUGCCUGAAGGUCGAGCUGAUGGACAGCGACACCGAGUACUGCAUUGUCCUCUUCCGACGCUUUGACCCUAAGCUCUUCCUGGUGUCCUUCCUGGGCCUGUUGUUGUUCUUCUGUGGGGACAUGUUGAGCAGGAGUCAGCUCUUCUACUACUCCGCUGGCAUCAGUUUUGGCUUGCUGGCCUCGCUGCUGGUCCUUGUCUAUGUGAUGUCCAAGGCCAUGCCCAAGAGGAGUCCUGUCUACUUGCUGCUGGUGGGGGGUUGGUCCUUCUCCCUCUACCUGCUGCAGCUGACCUUCAAGAACCUGCGGGAGAUCUGCAAGUCCUACUGGCGGUACCUGCUAGGCUACCUGGUGGUGGUAGGCUUGGUGAGCUUCGGCGUCUGCUACCGCUACGGCCCCCUGGAGAACCAGCGCAGCAUCAACCUCCUCUCCUGGGCCCUGCAGCUGCUGGGGUUGCUGCUGCUCUACUCGGGCAUCCAGAUCCACCCCAUUGCCUUGGCCUUGGUGGGCAUUGCCAUCUGCACCAAGAACAUGGACUACCCCCUGCGCUGGGCCUUCGCUGCCUACAGGAGAGUGCAGAGUGCCAGGCUGGGGCCGAGCCCCCCACGCCUGCUGACAGAGGAGGAGUACAGGAUCCAGGGUGAGCUGGAGACUCGCAGGGCCCUGGAGGAGCUUCGCAGCGACUGCAAAAGCCCAAAGAUCUCAGCCUGGUCUGUGGUGUCUCGGAUCCAGUCCCCCAAGAGGUUUGCUGAGUUUGUGGAUGGUGCCAGUCAUGUCACCCCCAGCGAGGUCUCUCUCCAUGAGCAGGAGUAUGGCCUGGGUGGCAUCUUCCUCGAAGACCAACUCUUUGAGGAGGAGGAUGAGGAUGAGGAGGAGGUUGACUUCUUCAUCAGGAAUCACACAAGUUACUCCCUGACCCACAACCACAAGAGUGCUGUAUGAGAUCAGUUGCCUGGGACCCAUGGGGUUGAGGGGCAGAGCUGCUGCUGCCUCCCCUCUGGCGUGAUGCCCACGGAGCCCUGAAGCUCCAUUUGCCAGGGAGCUGCUGCAUCUUCUGGCACCUCCAAUCCCACCCUGAGCUCUGUGGCAGAGCCUGCUGGCAGGAUGAGGGAAGCUGCCAUCCUCUUCUCCAGGCAGCUCCUGCCAGGCUGUGGAGUGAAAGCUUCUGUCAGCAUAUCCUGGGGUGUUGGCAGGGCAGAGGUGCAGAGGUCCUGGCUGGGCACCAUGAGGUGCUGCUGCUGGGGUGUGGGGACACUGCUGCUGUCUGCAGGGGCACUGGAACCACCCUGGCACUCGGUGUGGGUGCUUGUGAGCUCCCGAGGUCAGCUGUAGGGUCAGGGACUUCCUCCUCAGGCCUGGGUGCUGAGCUGGCUGCAGUUAACACCCCAAGCCCUGUCCCUUGGCACCUUUGGGUUGCUCUUCUUCACUCUGGCUGUGCCAGGUGUGUCACUGCCUGCCAGGGUGGGGACACAGUGAAGGCUCUGCCUUGUCCAUGGGUGCCCGUGAGGGUGAUGUGCUCAGGAGGAACUUUGGACCUGCCCCACUGCUACCUGCGUGCUCAGCACCUGCCUGCUGCCAGGCUGCUAUGGGGAGGGAGCAGCAGCAGGUGAUCACCUCUUCCUCCUCCUCCUCCUCCUCCUGCUGCUGUUACCAAAGAUGUCAGAGCUGGUUGGGCUGUGCCUCUGCCUUGGCUUUACACCCGUGUGAAUACCAAAAACCCCUCCCUGACAGAGUCAUGGCUCAGCCAGCCCUCCCCCCCCCACCUGCUGAAGGCAGCCUUGGAGCUGCCAUCUCCCCUCCCCUCUGUGCUGAGGAGGAGGAGUGUGGAUGUGCUUCCUCCUCUCUGCCUCGCAUCUGGCUGCCAGCUCCCUGUCCCCUUCAGCUUCCCCUUCCCCCCCUCCCCAACCCUGCUGUUACGUGGGGCCUGUGCCCACCACACUGCUGCAGGCAGGGGCUGAGGCAUCCCUGCUUGUGUUCCCAGCCCCGGCAGGGGGCUUGGUGGCCUUGCUGAGGCACAGAGCUGCUCAGGACCCCCCCCAAGUCUAUGCAAUUUUCAAGCAAUAAGUUGCCCCCCCCCCCAAGCUGCUGCCCCCUAGCCUGACCCACACUGCUGCCACAGCUUCUGCCGUUGGUUUGGUUCUGGCCCAGGCUUUCUGCCCCUGCUCUUUGCCCCUCUCCCUGCUCUGGUGUGAGCAGCCCCCCCCCUGAGCUGCACCCCCCCUGCCCUCCCCUCGUUAAGGUCUGGUUCUAUUUUUUAAUAAAGAAGUAUUUUGUAGGGAAGAGUCUCCCUUGUCCUGCACUGCCCCCGGGGCUCUGGGGGCUCCUCCACUGAGGAUGCUGCACAACGCUGGGGGCGGCUCAAAGACAGACCCUGGGUGCCAGAGUCCUUGCACAGCCCCACGACAUAGGCAGGAUUGACCCCGGGCACGGCAGUGGUGCCAGCUGCUGUCUUCUCCCUGCAGCAGCCCUGGGCUCUGCCAGCCCCUGUGCCUUGUCCUGCUUUCCCUUCCCUGGAGGAAGUUGCUUUGUUUGCUUGCCUGGAAGGGAUCCUCUCUCUCUUUU